AUGGCGAAGAGCGCAAUAAACUGUUUAACUGUAUUAGAUAAAUCUCCAUUAUCUUUAAUCCAAAGCUCCCUCACCCAGCAGCUGAUAAGGCGCGCCGAGCUGGCCGGCUUCAAGGCGCUCGUCCUGACCGUGGACAUGCCCACCAGUGGCGAUCGUCGCGCGGAUGCACGCAAUGAUUUCAGAUUCCCCUCGCAUUUGAGUUUGGCCAACUUCCAGGAUGAGUUCACACAGAGAUUCGCAUCGAAGUGCGCUGGCUCUGGGCUGAAUGCGUAUGUGACCAGUCAGUACGAUUCGAGCAUCACGUGGCAGGAUAUCAAGUGGCUGCAACAGCUCACCCAGCUGCCCAUUGUGCUGAAGGGCAUCCUGACCGCAGAGGAUGCCCAAUUGGCCCGUGAUGCGGGCUGUGCUGGCAUCAUUGUCUCCAAUCAUGGCGGACGACAGCUGGACACAGUGCCGGCCACAAUCGAGGCGCUGCCCGAGAUUGUCGCUGCUGUGGGCAAGGAUUUGGUGGUCAUGCUCGAUGGCGGCAUUAUGCAGGGCAUCGAUAUAUUCAAGGCCCUAGCCCUGGGCGCCCAAACCGUGUUCAUUGGCCGUCCCGCUCUGUGGGGCUUGGCGGCCAACGGGCAACGUGGCGUCGAACAGCUCCUGAAGAUCCUGCGACACGACUUUGACACCACAAUGAAGCUAACUGGCUGUGCCUCAUUGAGCCACAUACAGCCAUCAAUGGUGGUGCAUGAAUCCAGCUAUUGGCAACUCGGACGAUAUAAUUAGAUAUU